AAGUUAGCGGUAUACAGCAAGAUGCAGGACUCUCUGGAAGUCACCCUUCCCAGCAAACAAGAGGAGGAGGAGGAGGAGGAGGAGGAUGAGGAGGAGGAGGAGGAGAAAGACCAGCCUGCCGAGAUGGAGUACCUUAACUCUCGCUGUGUCCUUUUCACUUAUUUCCAGGGAGACAUUGGGUCAGUAGUGGAUGAACACUUCUCAAGAGCUUUGGGCCAAGCCAGCACCUUCCAUCCAGAAUCUGCCAUUUCAAAAAGCAAGAUGGGGCUAACCCCCCUGUGGAGAGACAGCUCAGCUCUCUCAAGCCAGCGGAGUAGUUUCCCAACCUCCUUUUGGACCAGCUCUUACCAGCCCCCGCCUGCACCCUGUCUGGGGGGAGUUCACCCCGACUUCCAGGUCACCACACCCCCUGGCACCUUUUCUGCAGCCGACCCCAGUCCCUGGCCAGGCCACAGCCUGCAUCAGACUGGCCCAGCCCCUCCCCCUCCCGCGUCUGAGUCCUGGCACUAUCCCUUGGCAUCUCAGGUGAGCCCGGCCUACAGCCAUGUGCAUGAUGUCUACAUGCGGCACCACCACCCCCAUGCCCACAUGCAUCACCGCCACCACCACCACCACCACCCACCACCCCCUCCUGCUGGCGCUGCCCUCGAUCCGUCCUACGGGCCCCUGCUGAUGCCCUCCGUGCGUGCGGCCAGGAUUCCUGCUCCCCAGUGUGACAUCACAAAGACAGACCCGACUACAGUCACCACUGCUACCUCAGCGUGGGCCGGAGCCUUUCACGGAACAGUGGACAUCAUGCCAAGUGUGGGCUUUGACACAGGUCUACAGCAUCAAGACAAGAGCAAGGAAUCACCAUGGUACUGAAACUCAGUAUUAGCAAGUCAGGUUGCAGCAUGAAGCCAGGGGCCCGCUGGGAAAAUAUACCGUCAGGAUUUGCCAUUCUGCUAUGGGACACGAGACAUGGAAGGAGAAGAGGAAGUGGCAGAUGAUUGAUUCUGGUUUUGAGCCUCUACUGGAGAAAACAGAGUGGGUCCUAGACAUGGAAGAAAAACAUUUUCAUUUGGUUUUUCCCUCAUCUGAGCCUUUGCCAGCUGUGUAACCCUCUCUUUCUUUUUGUUUCCCUGCUUUUAUUGAUAUGUGGGCUAGUUUUUGUUUCAUUUUAAUGUCUUUUUCUUUUGGAACCAAUCACCUUGUCAGGAAAAGAUGAACCACAAAUUAAAAUGCUCAGUCUUUCAGGAAUACAGUUUUGUAGCUCGAUAUGUGCAUCUAUUUUUGUAGAAAUACAGAAAGUUUGGUUUAGCAUUGAUGGGCUAUUUUGGAGGGAUGUAUUUUUUUUAAUAUUGUAAAAAUUGUUGAGUUCUGUUUAAAGAACUUGCUCUCAGAGAAGCACUGGCAAAAAUGUUUAAGAUGCUUAUCUUUAAGAUGUCUGUGAUGUGCUCUGUCUGUGCUUUCUAAGUUACCUCAAGUGUUUGAUAUUUUCUCCUUUUUACAAAAGUAGCUAAACCAUAGCCAAACCAAUACAGUAUUGUUUUUACAUUGAAUCUCAGUAAAGAUUUAAUUCCAUGCUA